GAUAUUUGCUGUAACGAUUUUGAACCUUUUGAGUAGCCCGCCGAAGCAACAGUACGAGAUUGUGCAGAAAGCGGGGAGGAAUUGCGUUAGCACCGGCUGCAAGGAAGCCGAAGUUGAAGACGCGCAGGACGUUGGCUCCCGACUUCGCUGUCGCUUUCCAGUUUCGAACAGGAGGCAGAGCACUGAGGAAGAGGUAUUCUGCACCGGUUUCCCCGACGAGUUACAAGGGCGAGUGAACAAAUUCCCAUCAGCUCAGACACUGAUAUCGUUCCCAGUGUGCUAUAGAUAGGGCUCAUGGCAGAUAAAACGGUGGUGGUUACCGGGGCAAAUGGAUUCAUUGCAUCUUGGUUAGUGAAGUUGCUCCUGGAGCGUGGAUACAAUGUGCGGGGUACGGUUCGGGAUCCCAAGGAUGAGAGUAAAUUGCGCCACUUGCUUGAAUUGCCUGGAGCUCAAGACAGGCUUGUACUGUACAGAGCAGAGUUGAUGGCGGAGGGCGACUUCGAUGAAGUGGUCGAUGGGGCGGAUUGUGUUAUGCACACUGCAUCAAAAGUAUCUGCUGACUUUGUUGACGAUCCCUACAAAGAGAUCGUGGAUCCCGCCGUGAAGGGAACGUUGAAUGUGCUGAAGUCGGCUGCGAAGACGAAGACAGUGAAGAGGGUGGUGUACACAUCAUCGAUGUCAGCUGUAGUUUGCAGCGACAGAUUCGUCAACAGAUCAGAGGACGACGUAGUGGAUGAGACCUGGUGGACCGACCCCGACUUCUGUCAGAAGCUCGAAAUGUACUACCAUCUCGGUAAGACGCUUGCAGAGCGAGCAGCCUUUGAGUACGCUAAAGAUGCUCCAUUUGACCUGGUUUCCAUCGUGCCAUGCACGGUUCUCGGAGGCUUGAUGCAAGAGACUGUAAACUGGAGCAGCAGCGAGGUCCUGAGAAUCCUUCAGGGCAUACAAAAGCAGGAGGAUGACAUGAUAAUUCCCACCAACGUUGCGUUUGUGGACGUUGAGGAUGUUGCGACGGCUCAUAUUCUCGCGAUGGAAAAUUCAAAUGCAGAAGGGCGACACUUGGCAGUGUCGGAAAGUGUGACCAUCGAUUAUAUUGCUUUGUUGCUGGCCAAGCUCUACCCACAGUACAAGAAUGUACUGAAGCCCGAUAUGAAAGGCAUGGAUGAAGCAACUUUCAGCAAGCCACUGUUCAAGUUCUCAAAUGAUAAGCUGAAGCAUUUGGGCUUGAACUUCACUCCGAUAGCAGGAAUCGUCAAGAAAACCGUGCAAAGCCUACAGCAGUUUAAUCUGGUGUAACAGAAACAUAGGUCAAUAACAGGCUUGUAACGAACGUGUAAGUGGCGACCAAAUCUAUCUCUGAAGGACACUUGUCCCAAGAUAUUGACGGACGAAUUUUCUUAUUGAAUUUGUGUGAUAUUUCUAGAGGAGCCUCAAUGAUAUACAUCAGAGUAGCGACAUACAUGUAUCUAGGUUGUGCACAUCUUAUUGUGGGGAAAAUGGCUCGUCUUUUAUUGUGGAAGACACUUGACAAUACAAUGCAGACAACUGCACUGUAUGAUCAUGAACUUGAAGUGAGACUCUUCUUUUCCCUACUGUUUGUCUCAAGUUGCCAACAAAUUCCGACAAAAAACUCUACGGCAGAUCUUGAAAUC